AUGACACAGGAAUUCCCCCCUGCAUCCCUCCGCCCUCUGAUCAAAGAGGUGGCCGAUCUGCUCAAAUCCCGCAAGGAAACCAUCUCCGUGGCCGAAACAGCCGCCGGAGGCAUCAUCUCCGCAUGUCUGCUUUCCAGCGCGGGAGCAUCGGCCAUCUACAAGGGCGGAUUAACGCUCUACACCCUGGAAUCCCGCAUCGCCUUCGCAGGCUGGACCCAGGCCCAUAUCGACAACUACCAGGGUCCCACGCCGGAUAUCGUCGCAGGGCUCGCGGAGCAUGUCCGCCAGACCCUGCGCUCGACGUAUACCGUUGCCGAGAGCGGGACUGCGGGGCCUACGGGGGGCGCGACGCGGAAUCGGACCCCAGGAUACGUUGCGUUGGCGGUGUCCACGCCGCAGGGGACGGUUACGCGCGAAGUGGAAACGGGGUGCGGGACUGACCGCGAGCGGAACAUGGUUGCGUUUGCGGAGGAGGCGUUGAAGUUGGAUCACAAAUUUGACAUUGGAGUGAUUGUCGCUCAGGAGAUACGAGUUGCGUCGGCGUCGAACGGCGCCAUGGAGACUAUGACGUUACGUCGCAAAGACACGACCAAGGGCCCUCCGUUGAGGGUUCUGUCGUUAGACGGAGGAGGAGUUCGAGGAUACUCGAUGCUCAUCAUUCUCCAGGAACUCAUGUACCGCAUUUACGUCGAGUGUGAAGGCAAACCACCGCGCCGAGACCAGAUCCCCAAACCCUGCGACCACUUCGACCUUAUCGCCGGCACCGGCACAGGCGGCCUCAUCGCCCUCAUGCUGGGUCGGCUGCGUCUCGACCUUGAAACCUGCAAGGAAGUCUACGUGCGCAUGACCCGUCGCGUCUUCGAAACCGACAAGACCAUCGCCGGCAUCCCCUACCGCUCGACCCUGUUCAAGGCGUCCAAACUGGAGGAGGCGAUCCGGGAAUGUGUGCGGGAACAUACGGUCUUCGAGGCCGAGGGGAACGAUCUGCCCAAUGCCAGCUCGUGCAGCUCCAUCGCCAGCGUGCCCUACAGUCCAGGGGCGAUUCCGCAGCGCUCCGUGAGUAGAGGCAGUUUCAGCACGUCCGGCGCUUCGCAUCCCUCGACGCCGAUCAGUCAGCGGCAUUCCGCGAUCAUCAACGGGCUACGGUGGGGCAACCCGGAUGCUCUGCUCUACGAUAAUCGGGAGAAUCGGACAAAGACGGCCGUCACGGCGUUAUACAAAGGCACCCCGCGCAACGGAUCCGCGGUGCUGCUGCGAUCGUACGACUCGCGUAAAGAGCCUCCUCCCGAAUUCAACUGCACCAUCUGGCAAGCCGGCCGCGCCACCUCGGCGACCGGUCUGGCUUUUAAGCCAAUUCAAAUCGGACAGCAUCUCUUCAUCGAUGAGGGUGCAGGUACAUAUAAUCCGGCGCCGCAGAUCCUGGAUGAAGCGGCUGUCAACGAGUGGCCCGGGCGGGAAGUCGGGGUGUUUGUCAGCGUGGGCACCGGCAAGCGUCCGGCGGGAACGAACAAUCGUCAGCAUGAGUGGUGGGAAGACUUCUUUGGGGAUGCUCUCGGCACUUUUGCCGAGGCGCGACGACGCCUGAUCGCCAAGAUCGAGGGUUGCGAGGAUAUCCACCAGGAGAUGCUUCGCAGUCACCUGGCCAAGCGGGGAGUGAACAAGGACAACUACUACCGGCUGAAUGUCGAGGUUGGCGUGGGUGAGUUUGGCAUGAACGAGUGGAACCGACUGGCCGACAUCAGCACCAAUACCCGACGCUACCUGUCCAAGCCCGAAGUGAAGAAGAGCAUCAUGGACGCCGGGGUCAAGUUCGCCAAGAUCGAGCGCAUGCACCGGCGACUGGCGGCGCAUGCGGCCGCUGGACAUGAUAUGUCCAUCGAGCCGACCGAAGAUACGGCAUUCUCGCCUCACAGCUACACUUCGCCAGCUCCUAUAUUCUCCGUCCCGCCACCUUCCAAUCCCAUGGCGGUGGAAUUGCCCGCUGAGCUGCCUGGCGACUUUGCACCGAUUAUGACACAUCAACCUCCGUCGAGCGGCCUGCGGGUACCGUCUCCUCCGGCUGACGACACGCUGCCACUGCAUCCGACACCGCAGGAUGGCGUCUAUCCUUCAUCGGGACGGGUUUCCAGCGGUAGCUUCAGCUAUUCCCACAGCGACGUGAGUCGGCCCGGCUCGCAGCACCAAAUGUCGUCACCUCGGCUGAGCAUGGAUCAGGUGCAUGAGGGUAGCAUGCCACCUCCGGUGCCACCAAAGACCCCGAUGCCGUAUCCUGAUAAUGCGAACGAGGCGCUGAUGCCGAUGCCCUUGGUGGUGCAUCAUGGCCGGAAUGGGUCUACUGGGAAAGUCCGGCCGCCUUAUCCCGUCGACGAGCCUCCUCCAGUGAUUCAGCAUAUUGCGUUGAUUUAUGGCCUAACGUCCAGACUCGACGACAGCAUAUAUACACCGACCGUUCUUCUUGGCUGGCGUACCCGUUAUCGAUACGAACAACACUGCUGGCAGUGCUAUGCCCUGAACGAAUCCAUGGAUAUUUCCCACUCGCUCGUGGCGCAUGCCACGACCCUCGCCGUCCGGUCCGGCAGUUCGAGUUCCACCAGCGAGCGUCCCGCCGCAUACAAGGCCGUCGGCAUCUCGCUGGCCGUCUCCUCGGGUCUCUUCAUCGGGACAUCGUUCGUGCUGAAGAAGACGGGUCUCCUCAAGGCGAAUGUCAAGUACAAUGAAGAAGCGGGCGAGGGGUACGGAUACCUCAAGAACGCCUGGUGGUGGUCGGGGAUGAUUCUCAUGAUUGUCGGGGAGAUAUGCAAUUUCGUCGCGUAUGCGUUUGUCGAUGCGAUCCUGGUGACGCCGCUGGGGGCGCUCUCGGUCGUGCUCACCACCAUUCUCUCGGCGAUUUUUCUCAAAGAGCGGCUCAGUUUCGUGGGCAAGGUCGGCUGUUUCUCGUGUAUUAUCGGAUCGGUUGUGAUUGCUCUGAACGCCCCCGAACAGUCGUCCGUCAGCGAUAUCCAGGAGAUGAAACAUUAUGUCAUUGCGCCGGGGUUCCUGUCGUAUGCGGGUGUCGUCAUCGUGGGCUGCGCCAUCGUCGCUCUCUGGCUGGGCCCGCGGUACGGCAAGAAGACCAUGUUCAUCUACAUCAGUAUCUGCAGUCUGAUCGGUGGGUUGAGCGUGGUGGCCACGCAGGGUCUCGGGGCGGCCAUUCUGGCUCAGAUCAAUGGGAAAUCGCAGUUCAAGGAGUGGUUUCUCUACGUGUUGCUCGUGUUUGUCGUCGCCACUUUACUGACGGAGAUUAUCUAUCUCAAUAAAGCGCUGAACCUCUUCAAUGCCGCCCUAGUCACCCCCACCUACUACGUCUUCUUUACGAGCUCGACGAUCGUCUCCUCCGCUGUUUUGUUCCAGGGCUUCAAAGGCACCGGCAUGCAGAUCGCCACCGUCAUCCUUGGAUUCUUUCAGAUCUGCGCUGGCGUCGUUCUGUUGCAACUGUCCAAGUCCGCCAAAGAUGUUCCCGACGCGGCGGUCUUCAAAGGCGACCUGGAUCAGAUUCGAGAGGUGGCCGCGCAGGAAGAACCGGAGACGGAACCCAAGGCAGACUCGAUUCGUGGUGCUGCGGCGAUUAUCCGACGCAUAUCAACCGCACGCCGUCAUAUGGAGGAGGAGGAAGCGCGGCGGUAUAUUCGAGACAGGCAGGAGGAUUACCUCAAACCUCCGGCUGAGAACGAGAUCAUCGAGUGGGACGGUCUGCGGCGACGCAAGACUGUUCUGGGACAGGGACCGACCAUGGCGCGGCCUCGCACGCCUGGCACGGUCAAAGGCCCUCAUCCUCCGUUGGGUAUGUCGCGAUUUCCCGACGAGGACGAUCCGGACCGCAGGCCGAGUACCCGCCAGAGCGACCGUUCUUUUCUGGAUGAUCUGCGAUCGCGAGCCUCGAGUAUCAUGCAUCCGGGGCAAUGGCACCAGGUCUAUAAUCCCCAGGACGGUCACGCGGAUCCGGUCCAUCUGACCGUUUCUCCCGUACACGGGAACACGAACUUGGACAUGAGCUAUCAAGGAGCGGAGAUGCGCGAAGUUUCCGGACAGACUGACCAUUCGCGGUCCGUUGCGUGGGCGGACGAGACACCGGACCGCGAAGCCUCGUCGCCCCACACGGCCAAACGGCAGUUUUCUUUCAACACAGUCUUCAACCGGAUCAGGCCGAAGAGUGAGAGUGAGCCACCCAAGCCGCCGCCUCACUCGCCUCGUAGUAUUCUGCGUCGGAGCCACCUGGUCCCCGGUGCCGAAAGGCAAGCCGUGAAGGGAGCCACCGAGGAGGAACGACUGGGUCUGGUGAAAGGGGAUUCGCGCGUCGCCGGCGACGAGGAAUGGGAUAUGCACGAGAAGCUGGAACGGGUCGACUCGUCGAGCGACUCGAGCUCGGACGUCCCUGAGCCGUAUGGGUCGUCGAUGGUCUAUGGCGGUCACGGCACUUAUGACUAUGGCUACGCUGCUCAGACCUCCCCGACCGAGAUGCAAAGCGGCUGGCAAUUACCGUCUACCCGGUCCAUGACCGCGGACCCAGGCGACAGCACGCAAUCCUCGUCCCGACCCCGAGCGAAUCCGCUGCCACCGGUGCCAGACGAGGCGCCCUUCAUCGCCGGUGAGGACUCGCAUAUGCGGGUUGAGCUCCGGUCGCCCACGAGUCCCGGGGACGGACGUGGCUGGCGACGCCCUCGGGGGGCAUUCAUCUAG